AUGGGUCUUCUACAAACGCUGAGGAAACCUGUUUUGCUUAAGAAACAACAACUGACUGUUCCUCAAGUGCAAUCUUCAAUUUCUGAAGGGUCAGUCUCUAGCUCAAGUACUUUUGAAUCAGGAACUCUGUCUACCCCUACCUCUUCAAGUCCGUCUACAUCAGCUUUUUCCAAUCGUUCUGCAGUUUUCCAAGAAACUCCUGCCGAAGUUUAUCGUGCUUUAAAACCAAUCCUAACGCUUUUAGAAAAUCAAAGUAGUAAAUUGUACUAUGAAUGGCCUUCAGAUGAAAAACAGGUAGAUGAAAACUGGACUAUUAAUAUCAAUGACCAAAUUAAACCAGUAAAAAAAUUGAAAUUGGCUAAUAAUGAAUUAAUUUUUGAAUUGAAUGAUGGCAAGAAACUCCAAUUACCAUUAAUUGACCAUGAUUCUUCAAUGGGAACCUUCAAGUAUGAAAGUAAUUAUAUAGUAUUCCUCACUUCUCCGUCUGUAACUUUAGUUUGUGAUAAUAUUAAUUACGUGUCGACAUUGAAAAGGUUGAUAUCACUCUCGAUCUUUGAACAUUUUUCACUGUUUAAAUCUGCCACUGGUACAUUUCUUUCGACAGUAGGCUUACACAUUCCCGAUAUGCAUGUAGUAUUAAAUUCAGAAUUUAAUUUCAAAGAUUGGUGUGAAAUUUACGUAGAAGGUCAAGGAUGGAUAAGAGCCUGGUGCCAUAUCAAUAGAAAAAGAUCUUCAAAGUUUGGGUUGUCUUCUCCUCAAAAAAAUGAAAGAAAGGGUAAAUACCAAAUUAAAUUCUACAAAGAUAAUAAAUCGACGUCUCCGUCAUCACAAUCUAACUUAAUUUGCUACAUACCUGAUUCAAAUAACGUUGAGGAUGUCUUCUUCUAUAACCUUCGAUCAUCGUUAUUGGAGCCUACCAAUUUUGUGGAUAAUACUAAUCACAUUAAACUGCUAGGUGAAAUUUUCUUCAAUCAAGAAUGCAAUUUAAAUGAUAUAUCAAGUAGAAAGUCGUUUUCACCGAAAAGAAGCGUGUCGACUGCCUCAAUAAAAUCCUCUUCAUCAUCCUCUCAAAAUAAAUCUUCAUUUAAAGUCAAUAAAAAAGGUCUCCUGAUAAGGCCAAUUCCACAUAAUGGUAUAUCACACAUAGAAACAUUUAUUAGAUUUAUUAUUCCAAUUUUUGAUGUGACUAGAAAAUACGGUCGCCCGAAUCAUUUCAAGAGCUCAAGGAACGACAUGGAUUCCUUGAUGUUUGGCCUUCCAAAAUUGCCACAUCUGGAUUACUUUCAGCAUGAGGAUAUCAAGACUCUUCUCUCUAGAGAAUAUUGUUAUACGGGCGGCGAAGACCUUUUGUCGUUUUCUAUGAAUUGGUGUAAGAAUGCCCUGAAUGAAUAUAUCAAUUAA